AUGCCUACUUUCGUAAACCCCAAUGCAUGCGACGCCUGUGCCACGGAGCACCAGGGACCGCUAUGCGUCUACAUCUGCCCAAACGACCUCAUGGUCUUGGACAUAGAUGCCAACAAGGGCCUCAACCAGGAACCCGACAUGUGCUCGGAGUGCUACGCGUGCGUCAAGCUUUGCCCACAAGAGGCCAUCCACGUGCGCGGCUAUGCCGACUUUGUGCCCAUGGGCGCAAUCGUUCAGCCCCACCGCACCGAUGACGGCCUGCAAUGGGAGGUAGUGUUCCGCGACGGACGUCGCUUCGAAUUCACCUACCAAUCGCGUACCCGUUCAGCCGGAUCGGUGGUGCCGUACGAAGGGUUCACUGAG